AUGGCCGCUGCGGAGACUUCUUCUCCACACGUGAAGCAACACCAAUACUGCUCAGCGCUCAGACCAGCUCUGCGUCAAAGUUGCAAGAGUGCAAACCAGCAUUUGCAAUCUGAGCGUACAGCUUACGCUUCUUCUGACACAUUUGAUCACCUGCAAGAGCGAUAUCGAGACCGUCUUGAACACCUGCCUUAAGAUGGACGACACUGCCAGCACGAGCCAGAACCUGCUCAAAGAGGUACACUUGCAGCAGAAAACCACCUCAUGGUCUACGUGGGUGCUGCGUGUAUUCCUGGCAAUUGUGUUCAUCAACCAGAUCAAGAUCAUGAACAAUCAGGAGGAGCUUUCGAAGGCCUUACAAAAGCUACAACAAGGCCAAGCACAAGCUAUGUCCCCGCAAUGCUCGCUCAUGGACGCAUUCUGGCCGUUGUCUGUCUUGACGGACUCAAGAUUGACCGCCAAGGCCCAAGCACAAUCCGGUCGUCCUCAAAGCGGUCGCCCUGUGCAAGGCAAAGCACGUUGA